CAGGGAGACCAAGUUGUUGAAGAAGAAAAAAUGUCGCUUUUCAAGCGAAGUCCCUCCGAUUCUUCUUCAAACUACGGAGGCAUUCCUCCAAAAAUGCCGACACCGAUUCGUCAGAGAUCUCCAAUGCCAACGAAACAAUUCCUGAGUCCACCUAGCGUUGAUCCAGAACCGUUUUAUCUGCUGAAAGACCCACCACUAUCCAAUGGUUCUGAGGUGACAGGUGAAACUCACAUGAUUGGUCACUAUGGAUUGGAGCACAGCUACAACAAAUUUUCCACCAAGAAACUCAAAGAACAACUCAGUGCAUUCUUGCCUCUCCUUCCAGGCAAUAUUGAUACUGUAAGCUCACAAGACAACAGUAGUCUUCAGUCUGUGAUAGAGAAACCUCCAAUUACAAAGGAAAUCGCUCCCUUCACCACAGCCAUGCUACAGGGAUUUAAACUCCAUCCAGGAUCAAUUCCUGACCAGUACAAGCUGCUAACCACACAACCUGCAAAGAAACACAAGCACAAGAAACACAAGAGAGAUCAUCGCAUACCUGAACUCAGUGAACCAAUGAGUGCAGGAGCAGAAGCUGGUGGGGACAAUGGCCAUGAGAAGAAACAUAAGAAAACCAAGAAACACGGUGAUCAAGAUGGAGAGAAAAAGAAAAGAGACAAGAAGAAGAAAAAGAAGAAGGCUCGUCAAGAUCCAAUGCACCCUGGCAUGCCUGCAACACACGAGGGCAGCGGACCAGGCAGGCCGUGACAACUUCAUGGUAUGUCAUUGAUUGGAUGCAACAUAUCAAUGACUUGAUAUGAUGUGCAUGUAAUAUAUAACAGUGGACUAAUAUGUUAAGACAUGGCUUUAUGGCACUGCCUGAUUCCAUGAUACAUGCUCUGAUGAUAUUGCCACGAUUGGAAGUCUACACGUUAACAUGUUCAAAGGAUUUGAUUUGAUUUUACAAAGAGUCUAGCCUGAGUUGUCUUGGGCAUAGUGUUCAGUUCAACACAAAACCUUAAUCCAAAUCUAACCAUAAUCGUAAUCAUCACAUUAUCCUUGAACAAAGAUCCUAUCACAGCCUUAUGGGUAACCCUACGACUUCUGGAUAAUAAGGCUGGAUCAGUUGUUGAUGGAGCAAUAUCUGGGUGAUUGUAUACGUCAUGCUGUCCCUGAUAGAACAAAGAACAGGUUUUACCCCCUUAUCUACCUCAUCUUCGUUCUGGUCUGUUGCCACAGUCAGUGAGCACGCAUGAAUUAUUUGCUUGAUGACGGCAGAGAGCAACCAAAUCAUUAGAACACACCAGUAUUGAGUGUUUAAAGUGUUUCCCAUCAGUAUGAAUGAGGUAUUGUCUGUAUGAAAUCAUUACCUUCAUUUAUCGUUACCCUUUUGAUUCAAUGCAGUUUGUUGCAUCUGUUAUGCAACUUUUAUUAAUACAGGAGGUAUUCAUGGGGCUCCAUCGCUCCUCAACCCUCGUGUACAGAUUUGCUGACAAGGGAAGACUUUCAAUAAAAUGUAUGUGUGACUAGAAAGUGUUCUCAGAAUCAUAGUUAGAUUGCGUUUUAAAGAACAUGGGCAUGUUGUUACCCAUACAAAUAUCGGUCUUAACUCUAUGUGAAGCACCAUCUUAGGACCCAUCUUACAAAGAGUUACAAUUGAUCCAAUCAAUCGUAACUAAGGAAAUCCAUCAAUGUCAUAAUUUUUUAUACAGAAAAUUGCAAAAUGGCCCUUGUAAACAAAGGAGAACACACCAAAUUGUUAAGAAAUCAAUGAAUUUAUAGUAAUACAUUCAUAUCUAGAAAAGUUUUUGAUCAAAUAUGCAUUUUUUAUGUUGACUUUGCUGGCUUUCCAUAGUUGCGAUUGAUCCGUUCAAUCGUAACUCAUUGUAGGAGUGGCCCCAGGUCUUUGCUGAGACAUCUUAAAACACAAACUGGAUGUGCUCUCUAGUAAUACCUGCAGUGGGGAGUUACCUCUACUUAUCAAUUGUAAUCGUAAAUCUAUGGUAAGCCGUUUUGAUAGAUUUACAAUUGAUUCUAAAUUUGUAUUUCUGCGCCAGUAACAAGGUCCUUGUGAGACAGAUUUUAUCAUCGUAUAUUGGCGAAUGAGGUCAUGAAGGUGGAGAAAUAAAUGUACAUGUAUUCUUUAACUUAGCUCCUCUUGGAUUAAAGACCGUAGGGUGUUUCACAAACAAAUUAAGUGUGACCUAGAGUCGUGCUUUAACACCAACAUGCACAUGUAACAUGUAAUCUGAUUAAUGGAUACCUGGUAGUGUGUGUCCCUUGCGCAUGAUCUGACCAAUGGAGUGAUGCGUUAUAUUCUUCAUGCAACUGAAAUUUAAGCGCAACUCUAAGUCACUGUUAUUUCAGAGUGGUGAAUUUCUAAAUUUAUGAUAAAGUUGCUAUUUGCUGCUAAAGCGCCUACAUGUAGAUAUCUUUUUAUAACACAGCUGCAGCGUACCGGUAUUUGUAAACUUACAAUAUUAUGUGAAGCAGAUAAUUGAAUGGCGGUUUGCAUAAAUUUCAUUUGUUCUGUUUAAUUAUUAGGUCUGUAAUUAAUGCAAUUUGUUUUCACCACGUACAUGUAGUGUUCGAAAUAAGAAAUGAAAUGUGAAGUAGGUAAAUUUAUUUAUUUGUGGAUGGAGCUUUUUUGAGAUGAAACAGUCGAUUCACAAUAUUGAAAAAGAGAGGACAAGUGAAGUAACCAAUUUUAAUCCUGAUCAAAGUAAGAAAGACGCUUAUGUUCUCAAGAAUGUAUACUCUUGCUUUUCAACUUUAAAUCAAUUCAUGUGACGUAAUGCUAAAAUUAAGGAGUUCCAAUACAAUUGCCAACAUGUAUUGUAAGGAAAGUUAUAUGUCUGUUCUUGGGAUUUUGAAAGUGUAUGAUCACAUCAAAUCCUUUUCAAUUUUUUUCUUGAAAGAAGAGCAUGCAUGGCAUUUGUUUGUUUAAAUUUGUUUUAAUUUGCUCCAAGGGGUCUAAACCUUUCCCUCGAAUGUCUCAUUUUGAAAGAAAACUAAAAGUAGACAGAAAGUGGGUAUUUAAUUACUGGUUUAAUGUUGUUAAGGCAUGUCAUUUACAUACCAACUUUAAAUGGCCCCAUUAUUGUCCAUGAACAGCUUUGAGUAGAUACUUAAUGACUGAUGAUGAGUGAUUGAUUGUUAUUAAUCUCAUCUAUGGAGCCAGUAGCACCAUAAUUGAUAAAGUCUGUGAUUCAUAUUUCUAGUCACACAAUGCAGGUAUGACAUAUUCCAACCAGUGCUAGAAACGUCAGUUUUCCAUGAUAAAGAUUUAUUAGAACCAACUGCAAUCCUUUUUCUAAAAAAGAAGUGAAGGAUGAUUUUACUUUUGUAUGUACAUUAUAUUGUCUGUAAAACACAACUUUUUUGUAUGUAACAAGGUCUAAAUGUGAAUGGACACAACAGGGGGUGUUUCACAUAGUAUGAUUUAAAUCGCAUUUAAAUGCUGACACGUAUUUGAAAAUUACAACGCGCAAUCUUAUUGAUCAUUAAGCAGUAGUGCAUGUCUUCUUUGCAUGAUCUGACCAAUGCGGUUAUGCCUUUUAUAGCACACACAACUAGGCAUUUAAGUGUGACUCUAAGUCAUACUUAAAUCUUUGUGGAACACCCCCCAGGUUUGGUAGAGUUAUUAUUUCUUGUAUGUACAGAUGUAUGUAUAGAUGCAUGUUUUAUCAAUGAUAUGUAGAUCUAUCAUUCUUAUGAAUUGAAAUGUAUGAAAAUAAAUGAAAUUUUGCAAUGACA